GCCGCCGGGAUCUCCAAGAUAGGUGUGAACCCCGGGUGCAGGCGGGAGCGGGCCCCCCUCGCGAUCACCGGGGACAGCCAUUCCUGUGGAACAAGGAGGCGGUCCCGGAGGCCCAGCAACGCCCGAAUCUAAGAGGAUGGAGCCAAGUACCUGUAAGACCAGUGAAUCAGAGGAAAACUAUGGUGAAGAGGAAUCCGAGGAGUGUGUUAAAGGGGAAGCUACCAUGCCUUCUAACCCUUCUCAGCAGGCACUCUCAAAGGCUGAUAAUGCAUUUAGGAAUGGAGUUCUUUUAUCCAUUGUAGCCAAGAAAAUACCAAAGAAAAUCAUAACCCCAGCUGACCCAGAUGAAUUAGAAGUUGGGAGGAGAAAGAGAAGGCGGAAACACAGACCCCUGGCCAUCAAUCUGACCAACUGCAAGUAUGAAAGUGUGCAUCGGGCAGCCCAGUUGUGUGGCCUGAAGGAGGUGGGGGAGGACAAAGAGUGGACUGUGUACUGGACAGACUGCUCUGUCUCACUGGAACGUGUCAUGGACAUGAAGAGGUUUCAGAAAAUCAGCCACUUCCCUGGCAUGACAGAAAUCUGCCACAAAGAUCUGCUGGCUCGGAGCCUCAACCGCAUGCAGAAACUCUAUCCUACUGAGUGCAACAUCUUCCCGUGCAUCUGGUGUCUCCCUGAAGACUAUAGGGACUUCCAGUCCUAUGUUCAUCAGCAAAAAACCCGCACUUAUAUCUGUAAGCCAGACAGGGGCUGUCAGGGACCUGGCAUCUUCAUCACCCGAAAUCCAUGGGAGAUCAAGCCAGGAGGACAUAUGAUCUGCCAGCAAUACAUCUCCAAGCCCUUCCUCAUUGAUGGCUUCAAGUUUGACAUGAGAAUCUAUGUCCUGAUCACAUCCUGUGACCCUCUUCGGAUCUCCAUGUAUGAGGAGGGCCUGGCCGGCUUUGCCACCAUGCCCUACGUGGAGCCCAGCCACAGCAACCUGAAUGACACCUGCAUGCACCUGACCAACUAUGCCGUCAACAAACACCAUGAGAAUUUUGUCUGGGAUGAUGCUGUGGGCAGUAAGAGGAAGCUGUCAACACUCAACGCCUGGCUGCAAGAACACAGCUGCGACCCCUGAGAGCUGUGGGGAGACAUUGAGGACAUCAUCAUCAAAGCCAUCAUCUCGGCACAUUCUGUUCUUCGCCACAGCUACCGAACCUGUUUUCCCCAGUAUCUGAGUGGAGGUACAUGUGCCUGUUUUGAGAUCCUCGCUUUUGACAUUUUGCUGGACCACAAGCAGAAGCCCUGGCUGCUGGAGGUAAACCACUCUCCAAGCUUCACCACCGACUCACACCUUGAUUGAGAAGUGAAGGAUGCACUUCUCUCUGAUGCCAUGACCCUUGUUAACCUCCGGGGCUGUGACAAAAGAAAGGUGACAGAAGAGGAUAAGUGGUGAGUCAUGGAGCAGCUUUUCCAGUGCCACCAACAGCCAAGAGAAGCCAGGGGCCUCAGGUGUUUGACGUGUGUUUAGUUGUGUAACUUACCUUCUUUUAUUACUUUCCUGAGAGUAAAAGUCCUUCUCUAGAUGGAGAAGGCAGUCUGGGGUUGAUUAGCUAUUAAAAACAUUUUUUUGCAUCGAUAAUACACCACAUAUCAUAGAUAAGUGAUGCAUUAUCUAUGCAAAUUCCAAAGACACAGUGAAUAGUCUCUCUCCUACCCUCCUCCUCCAGCUACUCAGUUUUCCUCCCUGGAGCCAAUCAAUGUUCCCUGGGUCAUGUGUAUACUUUCACAAACAUUUAAGGCACAUAUAUACAUGUAUUUAUAUAAAUUGUUUUUCUCCCUUUACCCAGACAAUAGCAUAACUUUCACAAUGUCUGUACCCUACUUACCAAUGCAUUUUACAGCUAUUUCCUAUUAGCAUGUAAAGAACUUUAUGGGGUUUGUUCUUUUUUUUUAUUUUUUUACUUUCAACAAAGCUCCUCUAGAAACCAUUACCUAAGAAGGUUUAUAAUUAUGAAACAGAGAAAACAGUUUAGUCAUUCAAUAGGUUAUUGUUUAAAUCAGUAUUGUUUACCCACUGUUGUUUUAAUUGUAAGAUGGGUUACAAACAUGGUAAUGUG